UUCCGAACCACUGAAGGUGAGGAGAGCCGGGUAUCCUCCAGGCGGACCCAGGCAGCCGAGGGCCUGCAGCCGGCCAGAGCAGCCCGGAGGCGGGUGCUGUCGGAACCAGGUGUCCGGGAUCCCUGAACCCUCUGCGUGGACCGUGACCGCUUCCUUCGCCAUGCCUCACAAUUCCAUCCGCUCGGGCCAUGGGGGACUGAACCAGCUGGGUGGAGCCUUCGUGAAUGGCCGGCCUCUCCCUGAAGUGGUACGUCAGCGCAUCGUGGACCUGGCCCACCAGGGUGUGAGACCCUGUGACAUCUCUCGCCAACUCCGGGUCAGCCAUGGCUGUGUCAGCAAGAUACUGGGCAGUAGGUACUACGAGACUGGGAGCAUCCGGCCUGGAGUGAUUGGAGGCUCGAAGCCAAAGGUGGCCACUCCUAAGGUGGUGGAGAAGAUUGGGGAUUACAAGAGGCAAAACCCAACCAUGUUUGCCUGGGAGAUUCGGGACAGGCUCCUGGCUGAAGGGGUCUGUGACAAUGACACUGUCCCCAGCGUCAGUUCAAUCAACAGAAUUAUCCGGACCAAAGUGCAGCAGCCAUUCAACCUCCCCAUGGACAGCUGUGUAGCUUCCAAGUCUCUGAGCCCAGGACACACCCUGAUCCCCAGCUCAGCUGUGACACCCCCAGAAUCUCCACAGUCAGAUUCACUAGGUUCAACCUACUCCAUCAAUGGGCUCUUGGGGAUUGCUCAGCCUGGAAACGACAGCAAGAGGAAAAUGGAUGACAGUGAUCAGGACAGCUGCCGGCUGAGCAUCGACUCCCAGAGCAGUGGGAGUGGCCCUCGGAAGCACCUGAGGACUGAGGCGUUCAGCCAGCAUCACUUGGAGUCGCUGGACUGCCCAUUUGAGAGGCAGCACUAUACAGAGGCUUACCCAUCUCCCAGCCACACCAAAGGAGAGCAGGGUCUCUAUCCUCUGCCCCUGCUCAAUAGUGCCAUGGAUGAUGGGAAGGCCACGCUGACCCCUUCCAAUACACCGCUUGGUCGCAACCUCUCGGCUCACCAGACGUACCCUGUGGUGGCAGAUCCUCAUUCACCCUUCGCCAUAAAGCAGGAAACCCCCGAUGGGUCCAGUUCUAGCUCCACCCCUUCCUCUUUAUCUAGCUCGGCCUUUUUGGAUCUGCAGCAAGUCGGCUCCGGGGGCCCAGCUGGUGCCUCGGUCCCAUCCUUCAAUGCUUUUCCCCAUGCUGCCUCCGUGUAUGGGCAGUUCACGGGCCAGGCCCUCCUUGCAGGGCGGGAGAUGGUGGGACCCACGCUGCCCGGAUACCCACCCCACAUCCCCACCAGUGGCCAGGGCAGUUAUGCCUCUUCUGCCAUCGCUGGCAUGGUGGCAGGUAGGGAGAUGAACUGGGCACCAGGGCUCUGGGGUUCUGAGGGAGGGGAUCCUGCCACCAGUAGACAAAAGUUGGGAGUGGAGGGAUGGUCCUCUGGCUCCGAGCUCCCUGCGGGCACUGAAGGACAUUGCUGGAAUUUGUCUCCUUUGCCUUUUCUCUUAGGGCAGUUGUAGCUCCCUCCAUGUCCUCUGCUUUGCCUUUCCAAGUUUCCACCCGACUCCAAAAUGGGAUCAGGCAUCAUGAAAGGAGCUGAGCUAUCCAACCCCUAUCUGUCAGCCCCCCACAGCUCACAGUAGCCAACUUGUGCUUCCUGGCAGUAGGCACUUUGUUUCCUUAAUGCCCACGGGGGUCUCUCAUUAGUCAGCCUUGGAGCAUGGGUUUAGGGUUGGAGGUGGCAUGGGAUUCAGAUCAGCAUGGCACGGUGGGAAGAAAGACAGAUUUAUAGCUAGAGGACACAAGUUUGAUGCCUGGUUCUGCCAUGUAUGAUUUCUGUGAGCCAGAACAAGUUAUUCUCUCUCUCUCUUUCUGUGCCUCAGUUUCCAUAUUUAUAAAACGGGUGGGUGGUCUCUGAUUUCUGAAGUACCUUCCAGCUGACUGUCUAGGAUCCAAUGACCUGUAAGACCCCUUUUAGCCUGAAAUCGAUGAGCCUCGGCCCUCCAAAUGCCUUCUAGCUCUAAACUGGUCAUUAUAGCAAUCUCCAAGUGCUAGCCUGAUGACUCACCUAACUUUUCUGGGCCUCAGUUUACUUAUCUGUAGAAUUAGGGUUGGAUCAGGUUUCCUCUAGAGGUCCUCUGGGAUGAGUUCUAUGCUCCUGUGCCUAGAUGACCUCCAACGUUCCUUACAGAUUUUAAUAUUUGACCUUUAAAAGUCUCUUUGACCUGCCUUGUGGGCUGUUGGGGGUUCUAUAAGACCAGGG